AUGAGAUAUAGAGUUAAUCAUAGAAUGACUACUACUUAUCAUCCGCAAACCAGUGUACAAGCUGAAGUAUCGAAUCAACAAAUUAAGAACAUUCUUGAGAAGGUUGUAAACCCUUCGAGUAAAGAUUGGUCUUUCCAAUUCAAUGAUGCUUUAUGGGCAUUGCGGACAACAUAUAAAACUCCAUUAGCGAUGUCGCCGUAUCAAUUGGUUUUUGGGAAAGCAUGUCACUUUCCAGUUGAACUGGAACACAAAGCAAUAUGGGCAAUUAAGCAAGUGAACAUGGACUAUGAAGUGGCUGGAAAGAAAAGACUGUUGGAUCACUGA